AACUGAAUCGUUCAGGAGAAGUGCUGAUCAUUCCCAAUGUGACAAGGUUAGAUGGUGGAACAUACGAAUGUGCAGCAUUCAAUGGUGUUUCAGUAAGAAAGCAAAUCAGUGUAUCUAUCGAAUUUGCCCCGAAGGUUACACUUCAUCAAAAAGAAUUGGUCAGUUUGUCGGUAGGGAAACCAUUCUAGAUUGCCAGAUCAUUGCCAACCCACAGCCGGACAUGUACUGGCUUAAGGGUAACAGUAACUUAGAAUCGCUUGACAAGGACAAGUAUCAGGUCGAACUGUACAGUAGCAAUAUCGACACUUCUGUUAAAACACUCAGUUUGAGACUAACCGAUUUGCAGCAAGAUGACUUCGGGGAGUAUACAUGCUACGCCAAAAAUUCGAUUGGUAAAGGUUUCGAUUCCGUGGUUGUAUAUG